CCCUUUACGGCAUCUGCAUCUCUGGGAGUGGUGACCGGAGGGAGGAGGAGACGAAGAAGAAGUUGCCAGCAUGGCGUUUACACUGUACUCUCUCAUCCAGACUGCCAUCCUCUGCACUAAUGCAAUCGCCGUGUUGCAUGAGGAGAGGUUUCUCAGCAAAAUCGGCUGGGGUGUUGAUCAGGGAGUUGGAGGUUUUGGGGACGAUCCAGGAGUCAAAGCCCAGAUCCUCAAUCUCAUCCGCUCAGUCCGGACUGUCAUGAGAGUGCCUUUAAUAAUAGUGAAUUCAGCCUGCAUUGUCCUGUUACUAGUGUUUGGCUGACAGGGGCGCACCGAGCGCCAACAUGAAGCCGGAGGACCAGAUGUGUGCCAAAGAACAACCACACACUCACACUUAGAUAUGUGUCAUUCAGAGACUCCUGCCUUUGCCAGUCAUCUGGAGGGUGAACAAGUUUCCCAGGGAGCUGGGAUGGGAAUAGAAAACCAUAACCAAAGAGAAGAAGAAUUGACCCGUCACCUGCCUGAAAAUAUGGCUGGUGUGGACACCAAAAGGAUGAAAUGGAAAUUAUCUCGGAAGAUUUUAAUGUCCCACUACAUGAUGAAGAUUCGCUCACAAUCCAAAACCUUUGAGUGUUUGUCCUCACUUUCAUGAUAUGUUACCGCCAUGAAUGGCAUUUUUCCAUGUGUUUUAUCAUGUUACAAAUGAAAAACUUCAGCAGUCCAGCUGAGCAGUAUAUAACUAUUUAUUAAGUGUUGUUACAUUGCUAUCCAGGGCCAUAUCUAUAUAUAGCUAUAUAAUUCUUUUUUUAAUUGCUUUGUUGGUGAAGAUCAGGAGCUUGAUGAUAGUGAAACAAAAUGUUCUUUUUAUGACUUCCUCCAAUUUGUAUUUUAGACCAGCAUUGUGUAUUUUCCUGGCCUGAAAUGUAAAAGGGUUUAGUGUUUUCACCAAUUUUGAACUUGAAUCCUGUUAAGUGAACGAUAUUUAAGUCUGUAUACACCCGGGACAUGAGUCUGGAUUUGUGCUAAUAGUGUGUACUGUUUACACAUCAGUAGUAAAUGCCACAAACAGAAUUGGGAAGAUAUUGAGAUUGUUUUUAUUUUGGCUUGAAAUAAACAUCUUUAGUUAUUUUCAUGAAAACUCUUUCUUUUGUUUUGCUGUAUUUACGGGUGUGGAGAGGUUUAAGAUCAGUAUGUUUUUUUUCCACCGGCCUCAUAGAUUAAAUCUACGAGUUAAAGCUU